AAGUUCAGUAAGGUCAUUUGGGACUACACAAUGGUCAAAGUUCACAAACAAGAUCAUGUUGUCAAAGAUUCCUACUGCAAGGCUCUUCCUUAGCUCAAGGCUUCUCCCUGAGCUACAUUUAAGAAUGAAAAUACACCAGGGCACCUGUGUCCAACUUUCCUUAAAUCUAACUGGCACUGUGAGCAGACAAACAGUUAGACACUGCCUUGUGUCCCCUAUUAAUAUCUGCACUAGAAGGUGCUGGAGCAAGCAAUCACACUUCUCAGGACAUUUAAUCACAGCUCCAGCUGGGAGGAGGAAUUCCUUAAGAACUGUAACAACGGUCAACGGAGGAGAUGAGGACCAUCGUUGCUACGAUGUGGACACUGAUGAACUGGUCACCAUGGUACAGAGGAACAAUGAAAAUACUAGUCACAUGCUCCUGGUUGAUGUCCGAGAGCCCGAGGAACUUCUACAGACAGGAGAGAUUCCUGGAUCAAUCAAUAUACCAUUGGGCGAAGUGGAAGAAGCAUUUUCAAUGUCUCCCGAUGACUUUGAGAUCAGUUAUGGAGUUGAUAAACCGCCUACUGAUAAUCCCAACAUUAUCUUUACAUGCUUGUCUGGAGUACGAAGUCUGGUUGCCCUGGAAUUUGUCCACCAGCUAGGAUACUGCAGUGCUCGUCACUACAAGAAAGGGUGGCUAGGAUGGGAGCAGCAUUUAGAGCAAGUGAGAAACUUUGAUGGGAACACAUAGAAAAUAAGUGCAAAUGUAUUUUAGUCAUUUUUAUAAAUUUUGUACUGUUAUUAUUCAGAAACAUUUCUUCCUUAUUUCUUGCCUAUUCUUGUCUGACCAAUAUUCUGUAAUGGCCGCUGGUCCGUAUCUCCAAGUGUUGAUCAUAAGUGACGGACUAA